AUUCUUCCGAAUGAAGGAAUUACGAAUUCUUAUGACAAACCUCAUCAAGAAAACCUGGCCAAAAUACUUAAAUUUAGUAAUCCAAUGAAUAUUGUUGAAAAAUAUGUUAUUUAUACAUUUAUAAUAACUUUUAGAAUGAAAACGGGAUUUCAAUUUAAAAUAGAAUCUACAGAAAUAACUGAAAAGCAAAGAGAUGAGAUUAGAAGCCUUUUGUGUGGAUUAGUUCAAUAUUCGUAUAUAUAG